AUGAGUCAGUGUAUAAUUGAACUUCUGCAGGAUCUACUAAUGAGUCAGUGUAUAAUUGAACUACUUCAGGAUCUACUAAUGAGUCAAUGUAUAGUUGAACUACUUCAGGAUCUACUAAUGAGUCAAUGUAUAAUUGAACUACUUCAAGAUCUACUAAUGAGUCAGUGUAUAAAUGAAAUUCUGCAGGAUCUACUAACGAGUCAGUGUAUAAUUGAACUUCUGCAGGAUCUACUAAUGAGUCAGUGUAUAAUUGAACUACUUCAGGAUCUACUAAUGAGUCAAUGUAUAGUUGAACGACUUCAAGAUCUACUAAUGAGUCAAUGUAUAAUUGAACUACUGAAGGAUCUACUAAUGAGUCGGUGUAUAAUUGAACUAGUGAAGGAUCUACUAAUGAGUCAAUGUAUAAUUGAACUUCUGCAGGAUCUACUAAUGAGUCAGUGUAUAAUUGAACUACUUCAGGAUCUACUAAUGAGUCAAUGUAUAGUUGAACUACUUCAGGAUCUACUAAUGAGUCAAUGUAUAAUUGAACUACUUCAAGAUCUACUAAUGAGUCAAUGUAUAGUUGAACUACUUCAGGAUCUACUAAUGAGUCAAUGUAUAAUUGAACUACUGAAGAAUCUACUAAUGAGUCAGUGUAUAAUUGAACUUCGGCAGGGUCUACUAAUGAGUCAGUGUAUAAUUGAACUACUUCAGGAUCUACUUAUGAGUCAGCGUAUAAUUAAACUACUGCAGGAUCUAUUAAUGAGUCAGUGUAUAAUUGAACUUCUGCAGGAGCUACUAAUGAGUCAGUGUAUAAUUGAACUUCGGCAGGGUCUACUACAGAGUCAGUAUAUAAUUGAACUACUUCAGGAUCUACUAAUGAGUCAAUGUAUAAUUGAACUACUUCAGGAUCUUCUAAUGA